GUCACAUAGUUGUAGGAGGAGAUGUACCCUUUUGUGUUUCUGUUUUACCUUCUUUGCUGCAACUCUCUUGCACCUGCACCUGUGGUGAAUUCUCUGAAUGCUGAAGGUUCUGUGCUUUUGACACUGAAGCAGUACAUCACAGACCCACAAGGGUCUCUGAGUAACUGGAACUCUUCAAAUGACAACCCUUGUUCAUGGAAUGGGAUUACUUGCAUGGACCAAACUGUUGUGUCCGUUAGUAUCCCAAAGAUGCAACUUUAUGGCUCUCUUCCUUCUACUUUAGGAUCUCUUUCACAGCUCCGCCAUGUGAACUUUAGGAACAACAAGCUCUUUGGAAGCUUGCCUCCAGAGCUCUUUCAAGCUCAGAGACUGCAAAGUUUGGUGCUUUAUGGCAAUUCAUUCUCUGGGUCUGUUCCAAAUGAGAUUCAGAAGCUCAGGUACCUCCAAACUCUAGAUUUGUCACAAAAUUUCUUUGUUGGGUCAUUGCCUGCUACAAUUUUUCAAUGUAAGAGACUCAAAACCCUUAUUCUAAGUCGAAACAACUUCACUGGUCCUUUGCCAGAUGGGUUUGGUACUGGUUGGUUUUCUCUGGAAAAACUAGACCUUUCUUUCAAUCAAUUCAGUGGUUCAAUCCCUAGUGACAUGGGAAAUCUAUCUAGCCUUCAAGGAACUGUUGAUUUGUCUCAUAAUCAUUUCAGUGGUUCAAUCCCAACCAGCCUUGGUAAUCUGCCUGAGAAGGUUUACAUUGAUCUAUCUUACAACAAUUUAAAUGGUCCAAUACCCCAAAAUGGUGCUUUAAUGAACAGAGGACCAACUGCUUUUGUUGGAAAUCCUGGUCUAUGUGGCCCUCCUUUGAAGAAUCCAUGUGGCUCUGAUACUCCACCUGCUAGUUCACCUUCCACAUUUCCAUUUCUGCCUCAUAACUACCCACCUCAAAAUACUGAUAAUGGUCCUGGGAAAAGUGAGAAAAACAAAGGGCUAAGUAAGGGUGCUGUGAUAGGCAUUGUUGUGGGUGAUUUAAUUGGAAUUUGCCUUUUAGGUUGGCUGUUCUCUUACUGCUACUUAAGGGUUUGUGGUUUUAACCAGGACCUGGAUGAAAAUGGUGUUAGUAAGGGAAGGAAAGGAAGGAAAGAAUGUUUCUGCUUCAUAAAGGAUGAAUUCGAGGCUCUAUCUGAUAAUGUUGAGCAGCAUGAUCUUGUCCCAUUAGAUACUCAAGUGUCCUUUGAUUUGGAUGAGCUUCUUAAGGCUUCAGCUUUUGUUCUGGGUAGGAAUGGAAUAGGGAUUAUGUAUAAAGUGGUGCUUGAAGAUGGGCUUGCCUUGGCUGUGAGAAGAUUGGGGGAGGGAGGUUCUCAAAGGUUUAAAGAGUUCCAAACAGAAGUAGAAGCAAUAGGAAAGUUAAGACAUCCAAAUAUUGUGACUCUGAGAGCCUAUUACUGGUCUGUUGAUGAGAAGCUUCUCAUAUAUGAUUAUAUACCCAAUGGAAGCCUUGCUACAGCAAUUCAUGGGAAGGCUGGACAUGUCACGUUUACGCCGCUAUCUUGGUCCUAUCGAUUGAAAAUCAUGAAAGGAACAGCAAAAGGAUUGGUCUAUCUGCAUGAAUUUAGCCCCAAAAAAUAUGUCCAUGGAGAUCUCAAGCCAAGUAACAUACUUCUUGGACAUAGCAUGGAACCCCACAUUUCUGAUUUUGGACUCGGGCGCCUUGCAAAUAUUGCUGGAAGGUCCCCAACCUUGCAAUCCAACCGAGUGGCAGCAGAGAAACUACUAGAAAGACAAGAAGAGAGCUUGUCCACAGAAGUUACAAAUAAUAUUUUGGGAAACGGUUAUCAGGCUCCAGAGGCAGUGAAAGUGGUGAAGCCAUCACAGAAGUGGGAUGUUUAUUCAUAUGGUGUGAUUUUGUUAGAAAUGAUCACAGGAAGAUCACCUGUUGUCCAAGUGGGUAACUCAGAAAUGGACAUUGUUCAAUGGAUUCGGUUCUGCAUUGAGGAAAAGAGGCCACUCUCAGAUGUAUUAGACCCAUACUUAGAUGAAGAUGCAGGUAAUGAGGACGAGAUAAUUGCAGUUUUGAAGAUUGCAAUGGCUUGUGUCCAUAGAAGCCCUGAAAAGAGACCUACAAUGAGGCACGUACUUAAUGCUUUGGACAGAUUGUCCAUUUCUUCUGAUUGA